AUGCCUUCACACAAGACAUUCAUCAUCAAGAAGAAGCUCGCCAAGAAGCAGAGGCAGAACAGACCCAUCCCUUACUGGAUCCGCAUGAGAACCGACAACACCAUCAGGUAUAACGCUAAGCGUCGUCACUGGCGUCGUACCAAGCUUGGAUUCUGA